AUGGCUGACCAAGUGAUUGAUUCUAACAACUGUUCACGGGUGAUGGAGUUCAUCCUCCUUGGAUUCCAAGACAUUGGGAGAAUGAAUAUUAUUUUGUUUAUUGUUGUCCUCCUGUUCUACCUGUUGUGCAUUACAGGAAACAGCCUCAUCAUUGUGAUAGUGAGGGUGGACCGCCGUCUCCAGACACCAAUGUACUUCUUCCUGAGCAACUUCUCGGUCAUUGAAAUGGGGCACACCUCUGCCUUUAUGCCCAAGUUGUUGGUCAACCUCCUCUCAGAAGAGAUGACCAUCUGCUUCAACUGUUGCAUGGUGCAGUUUUUCUUCUACUUCCUCUGUGGUGUCACCAAGUUUUUCAUUCUAACACUCAUGUCCAUUGAUAGGUACUUGGCCAUCUGUCAGCCCCUGAGAUACAGCACCAUCAUGACCCCUAGCCUUUGCAUUAAGCUUGCACUGGCUGCCUGGUUUGGGGGCUUUUCCUCCAUCAUUUUCCAGUUUGUAAGGCUGGUGAGACUUCCCUUCUGUAGCUCCAACAUUAUUGACCAUUUCUUUUGUGACAUAGGACCGAUGUUGAGGAUCGCAGGUGGAGACACACAUCUUAUUGAAACCCUUUUCUUCCUGCUUGUUGUGGCUUUGGUACUGACCUCUCUCUUCUUGACAAUGGUAUCCUACACCUUCAUCCUCUCCACAGUUCUUCACAUCUCGUCAACCACCGGACGACAGAAGGCUUUCUCAACUUGUAUCUCUCAUCUGAUCGUGGUCAGCAUCUUGUAUGGGGCAGUCAUUUUCAUCUACUUAAGGCCCACUGUCACUCAUGCUUCUUUCAGUAUCAUCAAAGUUGUAGCCAUACUGAAUAUGAUGGUGUCCCCAGUGCUAAACCCUUUCAUAUACACAAUCAGGAACAAUGAAGUCAAACAGGCUUUAAGGAAAGUCUUAGGAAGGAAAAGAAGACAUUGA